AUGCAUCCAGUCACCAUCGACGGGGAGAAUCUCAUCCCAGGUGGCAAGUCACAAGAAUCAACUAUUCCAUUAACCUGCAAAGCAGGAGUCGUCUCCAACAAUGGCCCUAACUACAAGUUAACCAUCGAAGAUGUUCAAGUCCCAACCCCUGGCCCCAACGAACUGCUGAUUCGCCUCAACACUACCGGUAUUUGCUACAGCGAUAUCCAUUACAUGCUCGAAGACCUAGCCUUGCCUCGAAUGCGCGACUAUGGCGUUCGGUCUCCAGGCCACGAAGGCGCGGGCGUUGUAGUCGCGCUUGGAGCGAACGUUACAAACUGGAAGACCGGGGAUCGAGCAGGCAUUAAACCAACUUGGGAUACCUGUGGAAAGUGUGAUCUCUGCUGGGGAGACAUGGAAUGCCACUGUAAAGGAGUUAUACCGACGGGAUUGAAGGUUCCUGGAACUUAUCAACAGUAUAUCAUUAGUCCCGCACGAUACACAUCACCUAUUCCAGAUGCCGUAGACGACUUCUCUGCGGGUCCUAUCAUGUGCAGUGGCUCGACAAUGUACCGAUCACUCAAAGUCUCCGCGUUACAACCCGGCGACUUUGCAGUCUUUACAGGUGCCGGAGGCGGAGUCGGGCAUAUUGGAAUUCAACUUGCGAAUGCAAUGGGCUUGCGCGUCAUAGGCAUCGACACUGGAGCCGAAAAGCGCGCUUUAUGCCUUGCUCUAGGCUGCGAAGCGUUUAUCGAUUUUUCCUCGUCUGUAUCUGUUAUCGACGAGGUCUUUGCUUUGACACAUGGACUAGGUGCGCAUGGGGUGUUUGUCACGGCAACUUCGAGCAAAGCUUAUGCGGAUGCGCCAAAGAUGUGCAGGGUUGGUGGAAAGGUAAUGUGUGUAGGGAUGCCACCGACGGGUACGGCGUUUGUAGGGGGCGAACCGAUGGAGAUGAUAUUGAGAGGAUUAAGUGUGGUGGGGACGUUGACUGGCAGUCUCAAAGACACAAACAGCACGCUGGAAUUCGCAGCAAGAGGCUUGUUAAAACCUAUUGUCGAGAAGUGUGGCUUAGGUAAUCUACCACAGGCAGUAGAGAAGCUGAGAGCUAGGAAAGUCGGAGGGAGGAUCGUGGUUAAUUUUAAUGCCUAG